GAAGAGUUGGGGGUCAGGUAGACAGAGAGACAGACCUCAGCAUCCAUGGUGCCUGCGCAGAAAGCUAUCCAAGAAGUGAUGAAGGGUCAAUGGCAUACUUCUUUCUUCACCUUGAUCAUAUUUUAUGGAACCGGCCAGUCCAGAAAUACGCAAACAGAAGGUCUGGCCUGUGUGAGCGAUUAUGUGACCGACAUUUCUUGUGUGUGGUGGAACUCGACAGUUUCGUCUGACCAGCGAUGCGUGCUUGGGGGGAAAUGUGACAUAAAAAGAUGUGUUUCUAGAUCCUGUGAACUGCUGCCACUGAGCAAUCAAUCACCUUCUAGGAGAAGCUGUUCUUUAAGCUUUGACAAACAUGUAGUUAAGACCCAACCCCCAGAUAUGCCCACUGUAAGUGAGGACAGAAUAACUUGGAGUAAAGGCAGUAACUUUCCAGAAGCCAUAAAAUCUUAUGAAUUUCAGCUGCAGGUUAAAGCCUUACAUACAAGCUGGGAGACAGCAACACUUAGGAAUUGCUCUCAGGAAAAUGACGUGCAGCUGGACCAUAAUAAACUGACUGUGGGAGAGGUGUACCAGGCCAGGGUACGUGUGAAGCCCGUUGAGCCCUUGGAUCAUGGUUAUUUUCGUGGGGAAUGGAGCGACUGGAGUCCUACUGUGUCCUGGAGAUCUGAGAUUGGAAAGCCACCGAUGAAACCAAGAUAUGAUGUAUCUCCAUCAGUGCCUGAUGAUAUUCGUAUUGUUCUGAUCAUUGGAAGCCUCAUCUUGCUUGUUCUUACUUCUCUUUGUUUGGUCAUCUGUAAACUAAAGAAAAGCAAACGGUCAAUAAAACCAAACAAUCAGCAUGUUCCCGACCCCUCCAAAUAUUUCCAGCCUCUUCACACCGUUCACGGUGAAACUUCCAGUUCUCAGGUUUCUCUUCAUAUGCAAAAUCUUACCCAUACAAACUCACACGCGCACACACACACACACACACACUCAAAUGUUGCUUUUCUUUCAAAUGCCUACUCAUAUCAUGUUUCAGCAAGCCACAGAACACACACACACACACACACACACACACACACACUGACCACAUGUGCAUUUCCUCCUGCACAGAAAUGGCUGGGCUGUCAGAAUUCUGUUGGGCCUUUUCUUACCCUUCAGUCGUGUGACGAUAUCUCACCUGUAGAGGUCAGCAAUUUUUGGGACGUGUCCUUGAUGGAUCCCGCCGCUCAGAUGUCUGCUGCAGUGUUCAAUCAGGUGGACUCUGGGCUGGAGAACAGCGGCACUAGUCACGCGUCCUCAUCCGUUUUCUCUAACAUGGGUUACUUCUACAGCAAAUCCAACAGAGGCUCUCUUUAUCUCGAAUCCUGCCCCGUGUACUUCAGCUACCACCCCGAGGAAGCCACGAGCUCCACUGCGUCCUCACCCGGGUCUUCUUACGACUGUUUGCAAACCCCAAGUUACCAGACGGAUCAGCCCGUGAGCCCGGAUUCGGGGUUCGGCAUGGCCGGAGAGGAGCUCUGUGAGGACGAGCAGGAAGAUGAAGAUUGGAGGGACGCCGAGACGUGUGCGGUGGAAGGACAGGCGCUGAUCUCCUUCAUCAUGUCGCUGUCGCAGGGUUCCCACAGUGCUGUUCGCCGGCCGGAGAGUUUGUCUCCGGUGGCCGUCAGCACGCCGCUGUCUGAACCUGCGAGAGCGAGCGGCGGCGCGUCCGGCUCGGAGCCGGCAGAGGCCGCCGUGGUCAGAGCCUCCUCCAUGAUCGAGCCCUGCGGAAGCGGCUACCUGACCCUGAAGGAGAUGCAGAAAUACAGCAACAAAUCCAUCUGAGC